AUGACGGAAGGAAUUAUUGACAAGAUCAAAAACAAGUUGGGCAAGCACGAAUCGGUGGAGGAAGAGGCAUACGAGGCGGGCCAAGCCCAAGCGCACAAGGAAAGAGUUGGCUCGGGUCACUCUAAAACGGCCGAGGCCGGAACUAUUGGGGCUGAUACCACGGGAGCGUAUACAACAGAUGCUAACCACGGAGUUAAGAAUCAGCUGGGUCACAAAAGCACAGGAGCGGGUCACACUGGCGCAGGACUUGGACAUGGAGUAACCUCAGGUACAACCACUGGUACAACCACUGGCGCAACCACUGGCGCAACCACUGGCGCGACUACUACAGCAGGUGUAGGCGGAGCCUCCGGAUAUGGCGCUGGUACUUCCCAUUCUGGCUCUGGUCAUGCUGGCACUGGCCAUUUUGACUCUUCUGGCAAGGGGUACGCUGACACUACUAGAUCAGACAAUCCUGAUGCCUUUCAUGAGACGAACGCCACAAGCUCCGAGCCGCACCGCGAAGCUCAAUUCGCGUCGUCCAAAGGUCGCGUUGUAUCUCUGCCCCCUCGCGUCCCACGUAAGCCCUUGGAUCAGGGUUAUGGUGGAGAUUAUACGAAACCAGACUUGCCCGGUGAGUCUGAUGAUGGCCGUCGCGGUCAUGCGUUGCAGAACGAUAGCCCUAUGAAUGCAAACGAUACGAAGCCGGCAGAAGGCACUGGGUACUUUUACACUCCGGAGGAUGGGCAAGGUUUGAAGGUGACUGCAGGCGAUUACUCUGGCUACGAUCCUCGUACUGGCAAGGUUGAAGGUGCAGGGACAAAAGACGGGUCAGGUGCUGGCCACACUAACCAUACGUCUGGCUCUGGUCACAAUGAUCGUGCUGAAAUUAUGGCAGCAGCAACGGCAGCUGGAGUUGCUGCAGGCUCAAAGUCUAGUUCUAAAGCCAAGGAUGAUGCUACAGUGAAGUCUCUUUACCAUGAACCUCUAGAGGGGACUGGAUCUACCAAUCACACGUCGAAGACGACAAAUGCCUCAGAUACUCGCAACAUUGAAUCUGCUGCGUACGAAUCUGGCAAGUUGCAUGCAGACGGUGCUGAUGUGAUUGCAGAAGCCUACAAGGAAGGUGUUAGUGCAGGUCGUAUUUCGAAGCCUGACACAAACAAAACGACCUUGGCAACAUCGGAAGGGCGUACUGGUAAUCGUCAUGGAGCAAGUACGGGCACUAGCGUCAGUCCUAGCAGGGGCACUAGCGUCAGCACGAGCAGUGGCACAAGUCAUGGAACGUCUCAUGUUAGGGGCUCCCAUUCCGGCCAAGCAAGCCACGCGUCUACCAAUAUUCCUGGUGCUAUCGUUACUGGCGCCGCUGGUGCUACUUCAGGUAAAGCAGAUGCUAGUUCCAGGUCAAAAGACCCUAGUACACGUGCGGGUAUCGAUUCCGGUUCACAAACUAUCAUCCUGGAAGCGUAUGAAGAGGGAGUGAAGGCGGGAAAGAAUGCAUAUGGAGGCUCUACCUCGCAUCUGUCCACCUCCCACCCCACUUCUUCCGAUCGUAAUUUAGCCGGAACAACUGCCGCGGCAGCUGCAGCCACGGCAUCAUCUCACAAGUCAGAUCCUAAUCUGCGGACACUUGACCCAAAGGCUGAUAACCAUCUGUCUACUAGAACUACAGGGUCACAUCCUUCAAGUACAGCAGGAACGAAGUCGUCUACGUUGAGAAACGAUGAAUCAUCCAUUGAUGCUACUCAUAUUGGCAAGGACCGCGCCGCGAUAAGCAACGUGGAUGCCGGUGCAAAGGCUCCAUCCAGCACCGCUGCCCAUGCACCUGUCUACACCGACACUGACAAGAAUCACACAACAACAAGUAACAGCUACGUCGGCACAGCAGAGGCGGCUCUUACUUCUGCUGGUGCUGCAGUUGCCGGAAUUCUUGGUUAUGGAUCAAGUAAUGAAAAGCUGACAAAGGAUCAUUCGUCAGAUGCCAAUGCCGCAGGUAGGGCGAAAACAACUGGAGAAUUGGGUAAAGAAUCUGCAUCUCAAACGUCGGGAAAUGCAACUCGGACUACAUCUGAGCCCUCUCAUUUCUCAGGUGGAUUAUCUCAUAGUGAGCCACUGACUCGUGAAAAGCACGUUUCCUCAGCGUCACACCCUGCUGGUAGUACUUCUGCCAUUCGCACCACCUCGUCUUCUGACCAUGCGUCUUCUGCUGAUAAGACCUAUGUUGAAAAAGAUCAUCCUAGAUCUACCGCAGACGAGAAUGCUUCCAGUACUAAACUGGAUCAAUCUUCUCUGGGUAUUGGAGGCAUUUUAGGUAAUGCAGCCGCUGCUGUGGGUCUUGGGUCAUCUAAUAAGACGUCUACUGAAAGAACUUCUGGUUCCGAUGACUCGGAUAUCUCUGCAGCCGACAGGAAGAAAGCGUCUGAAGAUCGUGCAACCGCGCACAACAAGAAACAUGGCAUUACUGAUGACCGGUCAUUGAUUGAAAUCGCUGAAGAUGAUGACCCCUCUAUCAAGAAGUUGGAUGCUCAUAAGGGACCAAGUGUUUUGGACAAUGCUGAUAACGACCCUAACGGGAGGCAUCGCACGCUUGUCUAA